AUGGCAGAACUGACUCUUCUCACAGCAACACAGUCUGUGAGUUAUUGGUCUAUCGGCUUUGCAAUCCUGAUUGUUCUAUUCACAAUCAUGUACUUUAGACUCAUGCCAAAGAAGCCAUCCAAGAGUCCUCCAAUGAUUGGCAGGUACAUUCCCUUCAUUGGAGUUGCAAAGAGAUUCGGAACGGAACCUAUAAAAUUAUUAGAGGAGUGUAAAGAGAAACAUGGAGAGAUCUUUACGCUUAAUAUUGCUGGAAAAUGUUUCACAUUUCUCACUGAUCCAGAAUUAUUUCAAUACUUUUUCAAUCCUGCAAAAGGAAAUUCAUGUCGUGUCAAGACUAAAAAGACAGUUCAUGAAGAAUCCAAACAUGCCAUUUCCUUUGAUCAUGCUGUUUUGGAAUUUAUUAGUCGAGUGUUUGGAAUUCCAGUGAAUGAUUUCAUGUCUCAACACAUUACCAUGGUGAAUACGAUGAGAGCGAAAUUGAGCCCUAACACAACUCUUCCAUUCUAUACGAAAGAAAUUGCUAGUAAUUUAUUAGAUGUAUUUGAAAAGGGUACUAGUAGUUGGAGUGAUCAAGCCUCUCUCUCUCAUCCAUCGAGUGUGAGAGGUUUUACUUGGAAUGAAAAUGGUACCAAUGAUUUGUUUAAGGGAAUUGUUGAAACGUUAUUUUGGAGUACAGUGAAAUCUCUCUAUGAAAAGGAUGCCUUUCUCACGGAUGAGUUUGAUGCUUGCAAAGCUUUCCAAAUCCUUGAUGAACAAUUUGAGAUUAGAGCGAGUGGAAUGGUACCUGAAUCUUUCAUGUCUACAUUUUCCAAAGCCAAACAAUUUUUAUUGAGAAACAUUUCAGAUAUUGCAUCAAAAUUAGAUGCAACCAAACCUGAAGAUCAAAAACGCAUGUUUCAAUCAUUGAGUGAUGCUCUUAAAGAUAAUGUUGAAGAUCAGAAAACAAUUUUACACUUUGGAUUGGCCAUGUUGUGGGCAUCUCAAGCCAAUAGUUUACCAUCCUCAUUGUGGACGAUUUGUUUUGUAGUAUCGAAUCCAGAAAUUUAUUCUAAACUUCAACAAGAAGUAGAUGAUGUGUUUACUAAUCAUAUUAAGAAUCCACGUGAUUUAUCUUUUGAAAAUUUACAUUUAUUCCCAUAUGUGAAGGCAUGUGUGUAUGAAGCAAUUAGAAUCAUACCUCCAGGAAUGCUUAUUAGAAAGGUCAUGCAACCUAUUAAAAUUCCAAACUAUGACUAUAUCAUUCCAGAGGGUCAUAAUCUCUGUAUUUCUCCAUUCAUUGCACACUUUGAUGAAAAGUAUUAUCAUGAUCCACACACAUUCAAUCCAGAGAGAUGGCUUCAAAGUGGUGAAGAUAGUCUCAGUGAUAGAAGCAAACAAUUUAUUGCUUGGGGAAGAGGUCCACAUGAAUGUCCUGGAAAAGCAUUUAGUGUUGUGGAAUUAAUCUCUUUUAUUGCACUCUUCUUCUACAAGUUUAGAAAUAUCAAACUCAAUGGACCCAUGCCAUCACCUGCUUUGCAUCGUCUGAUUGGAGUCCCUCAUCCAAGUACUACAGUAUCCAUUUCGUAUGAAAAGAGACAGCAAUAA